CGAUUUUCAAAUAUUUGCUUUAUAGAUUGGUUUGAUUUUUUUAUAGCAGCGGUUUUGGUAUAAAUUGGGCCAUCGGAUCAUAGAGAACAUCAUUCGCAAGGACUUUUCCAAGAUCUCAAUAUCUACUCAACAUGAAGGUGCUGGCUUUAGUUCUUCUGGCCGUCGUGUUGGCAGACGGGAAGGGUUCUGGACCUUACAUUUAUGAGAGACCAGAUGGUCGCGCGUUCUACCUACCUUCCGAAAUUGUGAAUUCUCUAAAACCAGUAGUCGAUGUAAACCUCCAAGGCUCAGAAUCAUCAGGGUCUGACUCCCUCCGCGAAUAUGGACCGCCGAUACCCCUUGAAACUUCACAGAACUUGUUGAACCAAGGCUUACCUGACGUUACCAUUGAAAAUACCUUCGAGUUAUCUACUGGAAAUGCUUUAAGCCAAGAUUUUGGUCAAAAAAUUGUCUCUGAAGCAAAACCAGUAUCAUUAGAUGACUCACCUAUUUCAGCUGAAUUGCCAAUCUUAGAUUUCGAAGUAAAAGAAACGACCUCCAUCCCAAAUGUUGAACAAGCAACCGAAGUUAUCUAUCAAUCAAAUCAACUCUCCAAUACAAUAACAGCACAAACUGAACAGAACGUAGAAUCUCAGACCACAGAACUUGCUAACGUAGAUACUAAUCAAGCACAAUCUCAAGAAACUCUAAGUGGACGAUCAAUCCAGCAAGAUUCUAUACAAUCUUUGGAUUAUCAACAAGAAACAUCUACAGCAAGCAAUUUGGAGAAGGUUACAGCUGGUGGUGAUUCCUUUGCCACUACAGAAGUGCUGGUGAAUGUACCGGAAAGCCCAUCUGAAAAGGUUGCAGAAGUUCAAAACAUUCCCGACAUCAUAGCUAACUUCGAAAAGGAAAUCUUAGCCCAGCAGACUGAAGGAGUAAGCGACAUCGGUGCAGUUCAGCCUUUGGGUCAGUUUCCUGAAGGCUUCCUAGAAUAUGGACCCCCAGGCUUCAUUGAAUACGGCCCUCCCAAGGGUGAUGAGGACAAACCCGUAAGCAUUCAAGCAAUUAUUACAAAUGAGACUCGGAGACGACGUUUCUCGCCGAGAUUAAGAUUCGUGAAGAACUAGAACCAUACCUACAUCAAAUGUAAUAUCAAAGUACAAAAGGCAUCUAAUGAUUUUAUUAUAAUGUAAUUUGCUUAAAUGUAAUUUAGCAAUUCAAUUAAAUGCAAUUAUUUUCAAAUGCU